AUGCGCGCAUCUCAGUCAGUCGAUGAUCUCUCUCUUCAAGGCGCUGCAGGCGAUUCUAUGCGCCGGAAACGUCGCAGUAUUGAAUCUGGAAAAGCUCUUGGUAUCGGUGCUCUUGAGGAGGUUCUCAGACACGUAGGUGUUGAUGCCAACAACAGCGGAAGCACGGGCACUACAACCACUCUAAAGGAUCACAUAUCCAAACAGGCGAACUCGAGAGAAAGAGAAGCUCUCAGAUCUGCGGUGAACGUGACUGUCCAAGAAGAAAAACCUGUUAAAACUCCAAGAAUACAAUCUAGCGCUGGCGGAAGUCCGGACAGUACAGACUUUGGACCAAGUAGCAAGAAACGUCGGUCCAUUCAAGGGGAAGAUUCUGAUCAUCAGCUGACUGAUCAAGAAGAGGAGACUGAUGUGAAUAAGGAUAGGGAUGGGGACGGGGACGCAGAAGCAGAUGCUGAUGCUGGCACAGAAAGCGAGAGCGGAGCACGCAAGAACAAGGAAGCAGAUAAACCACCGUUACCCACAAACAUAGAAACUCUUAAAGUGAAAGCCCUGCCUGACCACUGGAGGUGUAACAAGUCGUUGCCCACAACGUUGACUCUUCUAUCGUCCAAAGACAUCCCGGACGGCACAAAGGUGGAGGUGAAGGCAGAGAUACAGCGGGGGACGUUUGGCGAACUUAAAAACAGCACAACGACGUUUAAGGAAAACGAAGCUAAAUUUAAAGACUUUCGGUUUGUGGGGCGCAGUGGGAGGGGCCACUCUUUCACCGUGGCGUUUUAUAUAAAAUCAGAUCCACCUGUGACGGCAAUCCUUUCGCAAAAAGUGAAGAUCACCGUCGAUGGUCCCAGGCCGCCACGUACCAGGAGAUUAUCUGAGACGCACAAGAAAGGCGCAUACAGUGACUCAGAAGGACGGCUGGGAUACCGGUGUCCACCCUAUCAACGAACAGGAAGUAUAGGCAAUUUAAGGAGUCCUCACAUGGUCAGGAGUCGUAACCCAAUGGGUGGUCAUCCGCACAUGGGCGUCCGGAGAUACUAUUCGGGGCAAAUGCAUGAAAUGCCCGUGCGAGACAGGACGAUGCUCGGCCAAAAUCCGAACUACGUGCCCCCGCCACAUGCACAGCCACCACCUGGGCGAUUCUCCAAUCCCAAUAUAUAUAAUCUGCAACAAUAUCCGCCUGGGGGUGUUUCCUAUGCUGAACUCCCUAAUGGUGGGCACAUGGGGCCGCAGCCUCUGAUGAAUGGCAUGUCUAACGACAUGAUACCAGAACUGGACAGUCCCGGUCACCGAACGGUAGUGGAUGGGAUGCCUGUGCUGCAGGGUUUCAAGCUAACUAAUAUUAUACCCAGCGAAGGGGUGGAAGGCCAAACUGUGGUAGCAGAGUUACAUGUGCACAAGGCGCUUGUAAAAAGGUUUGGAUGGCCGAAUAUGCUUUUCUGCUUAGCGUUCGGGAAUUCAACACCGCAAUUCGAUAAUUUAGAUGUUACAAAUUCAGGGACACUCUACUGUCACUUCAAAGUGCCGCCUAUGAGCACCUCAGUUAUUCAGACUGCCGCUUUAGUCAAAAUUGAUGACAAAGUGUACAGCUGCGACAGUCCCCUGCUAUUCACUAACAAACAGCCGGUUAGGCGGCAGCAACCAGCGACGGAGGCUUACUCGCCUGCAGCGCUUGGAAAAAUAAUGCUCGAGGUACAUCGUGAAUUGCAGAGCUAUAGAGAUCCCUCAUUCAGGAAGAGCAAAGCUGCAUUUCAUAGUCUGCAAUUGAAUAUAGUGAAGCUGGAAGGACAGCUUCUAGAACUUAGUCGCCGUUGUUUAGCUCAUUUGGGCAGCUUAGAGUAUCUUCCUACUAUCGACAAUGCUGAGCAGGCUGGCAUUACAAUUUUACAUCUUUCGGGCGAGUUUGGAUGGGAAAAGUUUAUCCACCUCUUGCUCGAGGCUGGUGCGGAUAUGACCCAAUGUGAUGCCCAGGGACGAACGGCAAUCGACGGUGCAGUACUUGACGUGGCGUGCAUCACAGCAUGGUUCGUAUCCACCGUCACAAGGCAGCAUACAAGGUAUUGUGCCACCGACAAUGCCUGGUCACCCUAUAGCUGGUCCGAGGGUUCCCCCAAUACGAUUCGAGAGACCGCUAUUGUCAAAUCAACAGCCAAUGUUGCGCGCGCCUGA